AUGGGUCGAUCUGGCAUCUCCAGAGUAAAGACGGGUUGCAUCACCUGCAAGAUUCGUAGGAUAAAAUGUGACGAGGCGCGUCCCGCUUGUCGACGCUGUGUCACGACAGGCAGGGCAUGUGACGGCUACUCCACACCCUCCAAUGCCAGCUACUCUUGGGCUCAGUUGCUACGCUCCAGCCCAACGCCAGGUCCUGCCGCCACCCACGCGGCCGGUGAACUCCGCGCCUUGGGCUUCUUCCGUGAAGUCGUCGCCCCUGUUCUCGCUGGGCCCCUGGAUGGCUUUUUCUGGACCCACCUGGUGAUCCAGUUCACCCACCAAGAGCAAGCCGCGAGGCACGCUGUGCUUGCCAUCAGCUCGCUGUACGAGAACCUUCAGCAGGGCUUUGCCAGGUCACCCUUGGUCGAGAAGAAUGCCUUCGCUGUCAAGCAUUACAACGAGGCCAUCAGGCAACUGAGGACCACAAACAGCCACGAGGCCGUGCUGCUCGUCUGCAUUCUGUUCACCUGCAUUGACAUGUUGCGCGGCGACUGCGAGGGUGCCGUCAGUCACUGCCGGCAUGGCAUCAACAUGGUGGCUGGGAACCGCGUAGACUCGUCCGUCGUCCGCGACCAGCUUUUGCCUGCCUUUUAUCGCAUGGCCAUCUUUCCCUUCUUCUUCGGUGCGCGGCCCGAAUCUUUUCCUGAAAUCACGACCCGUCAAAUACACAACCCCACCACGUUCUGGACCAUCGCGGAGGCCCAGUCCUCUCUCGAUCCGCUCGUUCUGCAGGUCAUUCGAUUUGUUCGAUCUGCUGAUGAGUAUCGGCUCGGGCAGUCGACCGACGAUGAGCCCGGCAUGACGACCUUGCGUGAGCGGGUCAGUCUGGACGCAGCUCUAGACGGGUGGGCCAAGGCUUUCCACACAUUUCAAAAGCAAAAAAGUCCUCAGCACGACCCCGACGACAUGCGGACGCAAAUCUUCGAGCGUCUACUCGGCAUGAAAUGGCUUGUUGCUAAGAUCUGGAUCGAUACGUGCCUGUCAAGAGGGGAGAUGGUGUAUGAUCUACACCUCGACAAGUUCCGCUCCAUCAUAGAACUUGCGCGGCAAGCCGAAGCUCGGAGGCAGGGACUACGUGACGUCCGCGCGAGCCCCAAGUUCACGUUUGAGAUGGGGUUCGGACCGCUGCUGGCAUUUGUCGUCAUCAAAUGCCGAUCUCUGAGGCUGCGUGUUGCUGCUUUGAGUCUGAUGAAGACACUAGCCUACAGAAGGGAGAGUCUUUGGGAGAACGGGACCAUGAUUGCGUCGGGGACACGAACGAUCGAGGUGGAACAUGGGUUACAAGGGGGACUGGACAAUUACCAGGAGGCUCAUAGCGAUGACGAGGCACUCCCAUCUGAAGAACAGCGGAUCCAAGACUCGAUCACGCUGAAUGAGGAGCAAACCGUAACAAGCCACGACGGUGGCAUCAUCUUGCAGCAGAGGGUCGCGUAUCUGAUGAGAAGGCCAGGGGAAUCCAUCACAGUGCGAGACGAGUGGUACUCAGUAGCAGCCUAG